UGACGUUGGCAGCCGAACCGGAGUAGCUCAAGGCUGCGGGCUGGUCUGUGCGGUGGUUGUUCUUCCUUCCCCUUUUCCCCACGCUCCGGGCGGCCGCUAGAGCCGCGGCGCUAGAACGCCCGGCCCGCUCCGCUUCCGGCGCCCUCCGAGCUCCGCCGCCCCGGCCCUCAGCGCUGCGCGCCCGCUCUCCAUCCAGGCCCAGCGGCCGUAGACGGUGCGGGCACCACGAGCCGAGCAUCCCGGCGGCCCGGGAGCGGCGAGCGAGCGUGUCCGAGCGGGGCCUGGGGCAGGUGGAGCCGCGAAGAUGGUCGCCAAGCAGAGGAUCCGCAUGGCCAACGAGAAGCACAGCAAGAACAUCACCCAGCGCGGCAACGUCGCUAAGACCUCGAGAAAUGCCCCCGAAGAGAAGGCGUCAGUAGGACCCUGGUUAUUGGCUCUCUUCAUUUUUGUUGUUUGUGGCUCUGCAAUUUUCCAGAUUAUUCAAAGUAUCAGGAUGGGCAUGUGAAGUGACUGACCUUGAGAUGUUACCAUUCUCCUGUGAAUUUUAACUUGAACUCAUUCCUGAUGUUUGACACCCUGGUUAAAAACAAUUCAGUAAAUCAUCCUGCCUCAGAAUGACUCCUUCCUAUCAUCCUUCCUGUGUCAUUCCAAGGUUUAUUCACCAGUCAUUCCAGGUUUUCUAGUCCAUACCACAGUGCCUUGCAAAAGCACCAUAUGAAAAAAGCAAUAAAAUUUGAUGAUUAAGUUCCAAUAGUAGACCUUACUCAUUCAAUAGAAAAUGAGUUUUAUGUGGUUAUUAAAACAGUAUAGUUAAUUAGAUUAAAUCUGUGUAGACAGGGUAUAGAUUUUGUUAACCCUAAGGUGUAAAUGCAAUUAGCUUAAUUUAAAAUUUGGAAUCUUAAGGUUUUCUAUAGCUAGGCACUUUAUUACUCUCAAAUGGAAAGCACACUCCAUUACAGGGUCAUAGUAAGGUGCUUACAAAUGGACAACCGCACAGCCUAGUUUUGCCACAAUUGUAUCCACGUAUGGUUUUUUAAAAGCUUCAAAGGCAUAAUAUAAGCAGAGAUGCUUAUAGCUCUGUCUGUUUUAAUGAUAAUGUUUCUAUUACACAACCUUCAACUUCACAUGAGUAUUAGUAACCUAAGGUCCCAUUUAAAAAAAACUUGCUUUAGCAUUUUGAAACUUAAUCAGUGACUGCAGUUUCAUGAAAGGCUAUCACAGUGGGGUGAAAUCAGGGAAGGUUUGUGUAUGUCAAACUGAUUCACCAGAAUUAAUUUUUCAGGUUUGUUAUACUAGACAAAAUUUAAGGGAAAAAUACUUUAAGAAAUAAAUGCCUCAUCCGAACAUGUAGAAUCCCGUGUGCCAUGAGACAUCUUAGCAUGUUAGUAGCACUUUUAGUACCAGAAAGGCACAUCUACUAAAAAGUUGCACAUGGUAUGGAAAUUGUUUCUUCCAGAUUUCUGAUUGAAACGCCCUUAGCAUACUAGCUAUGUCAAUCUAAAGUGGCAUUUGGAAUUAAAUGGAUUUACUGAUGAGAAUCAGUCUAGUCUUCCUUUGUAUGGUUUUUUUUGUAGGUUAUGAUUGAUCAAGUCUCCUUUCUAGUAGUAAGGUGAGGGUGAUGAGGCAGGUUUUGGGUUUUUCUAGUGCUGUUUCUGUAAGUAUUGGCUGUUUAUAUACUUAGCCAUAACUUGGUGCAAAAAGCUGAGCACUGUAUUAAUGAAUUGGAAGAAGCCUGCUUACGUUUGCUUUGUUAAUUGCCUCAGGAUGUCUCUUGAAAUAAGCUGUUUUCAAAGGAACAGAAGGGAAAUUUACUACCUAGUCUAUAAACAGUAUAAACCUCACAGGGGACUCAUCCCCUCAUGUGGAGCAAAGGAAAGGAGAGGUAAAGACGCACAGGACGCAAGUCCUGGGACAGGAAGAGAGCUGACCUGUGUCUGCAGCUUCAUGACUGACUUGGUACCUGCCUUUCACUCAGUCAAUCAAACCUCCCUGUCCUUCCUUCCCUCUUUGAAGCAAGUUUUGGUCAACUAAUUCUAUUUUACUCUGACUUUUAAAAUGAAAGCUAUUACUCUAAAUUUAUAAUAGGUGCCUUAUUUGCUUUGAAUCAAAUCAUUCCAUUAUCAGACUUCCCUCAGUUUACUAUAGAUAAUUGGCUUUAAGGUAUUUUUGUCUUUUAAACAAACAUACAGACUUUUGAUUAAUUUGUUAAGUUACUGUAGCUGGCAAUCAUUUUACAUUUGUAAAAUUGCAUUCCCUUUGUAUCCUGUGUGUAACUUGCCAAUUGAGUGCAUUUUAUGUUCAGGUUGGACUAUGCAUGUUUGGGUAAAUGAAAGCUGUGUCUGUUUGAUUUAUGGUUUAAAAUAAAGUUCCCUGAAUAUUUGA